AUGGAAGAGCUGCAAGUGAACCUUGGAGAUGUGGAGGGCAGCUUGGGAAAAGUUCAGAUCCGCGUCGGGCACCUGGUGGAAAAGUUUUCGCCGCUGGAUGAGGAUAUCGGGCAGCUGAAGGAGCUGGUGGGUAGGUUGAAGAGUGAGGUGGAGGAAGCAAGUGGGAAGAUUGCUGCUGUGGAAGGCAAGGCGGGGGCGGCUGCCGCUGCUGCUGCGGCUGCUGCUGAUAAUGCUGCUGCUGCUUCCGCUGCUGCCGCUGCGGCUGCUGCUUCACCUGCUGCUGCAAGUGCUGCUGCUGCUGGUGGUGGUGGUGAGUCAGUGGUAGUAGUAGCAGCAGCAUAUGAGCAUGCUGUGGCAAGAAAGACGACGAAAGUGGAGCUCGGGCAGCAGAAAGAGAAGGUUUGGGAGCAGGGGGAGGAGAUUGAGAGGAUUGGGAAGCAGAUGGAGGAGAGUGCGAAGAAGCAGCAGGAGGAGCGAGAGGAGGAGAGAGAGAAAGAGAGAGCAGCAACGGCUCUUGCUGUGGACGAGUGUAAGGAGCAGGUCAAGGGGGUCAAGUCAAUGGUCAAGCACCUCUCCGAGUCUGUCGAAGAGGUUCGGAACGACAUGCGCCCGAUUUCCGACGCUGUGGUCGAGGUCCGGGUGACCAUGGCCGAGGCUCGGAACCUCCAGCAGGAGGCUGAGGAGGCUGUGGGGAGGCUGAGAAGCAAAGUAGAGGGGGUGCAAGAUUCUGUGUUGGAGGUGAAAAAGGAAGUGGAGGAAAAUAAGACGGAAUUGGAUCAAGUGAAGCAUGGUCUGCGCGAGUGCAGGGAGGAGGUGGUGGAAAUCCGAGGCACGCUUGCGGACGUUCGGAAGCAAGGCGAGGAGGCUCGGGAGGCGCACGAGGGGCUCCAGGAGGAGGUUCGGGAAGCGAAAACGGGGCUUCGGGAGAGCGUCGGUGCGUUGGAGACAGGCUUGGAGGAGGUUCGGCAGAUGGUGACUUUGGCUCGGGAGGAUAUUUCCACUUUCCAGGAAAGUGCUGAUUGCACUGACAAUGAGGUUGCUUCGAUCAAGGAGCAGGUUCGGUCGAUUCAAGACGACGUGGGUCUGGUUCGGAAGGAUGCUGUUCAGGUCCGGGUGGAUGUGGACUCGCUUCGGAUGGAGCUAGGUUCGGUGGAGCGGAGCCUGGACUCCACAGCGCAGAAGGCCGCAGCUUCGGAAGAGGAGAUUCAGGAGGUUCGGAAAGGCUUGCUGUCGACAGUCCACACGGAGGUGGACAAGGUUCGGGAGAGCGUGGAAGAGGUCCGGGAGGAGGUGAAGGAGGUUCGGGUGGAUAUGGUUCGGGCGGAAGAGAAAGCAGCAGCGACGCUGCGAGAUGCAGAAGCAUCGGCACGAAGAGCAGUGGUGGCACUGCAAGGGGAGUUUAAAGCCGAAGUAUCUAGCGUGCGUAAGGAGGUAACAGUGGUUCGGGAAGAGGCGGAGAAUCUGAGUCAUAGAGCCGAGAUGACAGAUUCCCUUACGUCCUCUCUUACAGACAGCCUUGCACAGGCCCAGACCGACAUUUUGGAGGUUCGGAAGGAGGUUGGUGCUGCCCGAACCGAAGCUGGCGAGGCUCGGAAGGAGCUGGAGGCGAGCCUCCGGACCACGGCGGAAGGCUUGGAGGAGAAGAUUGAGGAGGCUCGGCAGCAGAUCGGGUUGAAGGCAGCAGCGGUGCAAGCAGAAGUUAAAGGGGUGCAGCGCGAUUUGCAGGAGCGGGUGGGAGAGAUCAAGUCGGUGCUUAAGGAAGGGGAGGAGGCGCAGUCUCUAAGGGUGGUUGCCUUGGAAAAGAAGCUCUCAGCUGUGGUGGCUGGAGGGGAGGAGGCGGUGAGUGCGGUAGCAGCACGACUAAACCAAGUAGCAGAGGAAAUGGCAGACGUGGCAAACCGAGGGGAGCAACACGCAGCAGAUGCAGCCGCAGCGAUUGAACGCACAGAAAGAGAGCUUGCGGCCGCAGUGGCAUCAUCCGCAGCAGCGGCAGCAGCAGAACGAGAGGGGAUUGUGGAGCGGGUGAACGGGCUGGAUGUAUCGGUGCAAGGGCUGGAAGAGAAGGCGGAGGAGGGCAGGCAGCGUGCCGACGCUGCGGAUGCAGCAAUCAAAGCAGUGCAGGCAGAGGUAGCAGCAGACAGGCAGAAGGCUGAGGAUCGAGCAGCGGAGGAGGAGCUGCGGAAAUGGACAGACGCGGAGAAGACCCAGGCGCUGCAGGGCGAUGUGUCCGCGCUGCAGCAGCGGCAGGGCGAGCAGGAGCGCGAGCUGAAGCGGCAGGAGGAGGAGCGGGUCGCCGCGGCUCAAAAGAUGCUGACGCGGCUGCAGGCGGAUGUGAGGGCGCUGGUGGAGAAGUUGGAGGAGGUGGUGCGGGAGGAGCAGGCGGGGGUGCGGGGGGAGAUGCGGAGCGCGGUGGUGGAGCUGCAGGGGGGGCUGGCGGAGGUGAAGGGGGGGUUGGGGAAGGUGGAGGCGCAGCUGAGGGAUGUGGAGGGGAAGGCGCAAGGGGGGAUUACGGCCUGCCAGGAGGAGGAGAGGCGGCUGGUGGGGGUGUGUGCGGACAUGAAGGGCGAGAUCCAGCGAGUGGAGGGCGAUUUGAACGCGCUCUCCAUGUCACACAGCCAGGUGCUGGCGUACAUGCAGGCCAAGCAGGCCAAGGAGGCCAAGGGCACCGGCAUUAUGAAGUGGACGAAGCGCAACAUAGCAUCGCGCUCCGAGGGCCCCUCUCCCCAUGAGUCACCGCGCAACCUGCCCAAGCGCUGGUGGCCCCCUUCCCCCGCCACCGACGUGCACAGCAGCAUGCGCUCUGAUACCAGUGAUGAUUUCCCCUCGCAUUUUGACGUUGAUUCUGUUGCCUCUGGGUCGACGGAUUCUGUUGCCUCUGCUCUAUCGCUUCGCUCUAUCGUUUCCUGGCGCACACUCUCGUUCCCUCCACUCUCAUCCCGGCAUUCCCCCCAUCCCCGCUUCCCUCUCCUCUCGUACUCACGGCAGGUGAGCAGGGCAGCAGCAGGAGGCGAAGGAGGAGGGGGAGGGGGAGGAGGAAGAGGUGGAGGCGUGCAGGCUAAGGGAAGCGCCUGGCAAGGAGAGGACGGGAGAGCAGCAGCAGGCGGAUCAAGCACAGCAGCAUCCCGCCCGCCAACAACCACCAUUGCUGCCGCUGCUGCUGCCGCUGCCGCUGCUGCUGGUGCCGCUGCUGCUGGUGCUGCUGCUGCAGGAGCGAGGAUGAAGCAGGAGGCGAGAAGGUGGGGCGGCAAUGGGGAAGCGGCGAAUGGCAGCGGCGGGGGCGCGGGGGCGAUACCUACUGAUGGAAGAGUGGCUGGAGCGAGGGGACGGGGAGAAACGGGCAAGCAAGAGGGCGGGGUAAAGCCAGGGACAGGGGACGUGUGGGUAGAUGGCUCACAACGUGUUGAGGUCAGCCGUGGAAAAUCUCCCGCUGCUGCUUCUGGUGCUUCUGCUCCUACUCCUGCUCCUACUCCUGCUCCUACUCCUGCUCCUACUCCUGCUCCUACUCCUGCUCCUGCCCCUGCUCCUGCUCCCGUUCCUGCUGCUGCUGCUGCUGGGGCUGCUGCGGCUGCAGCUGCUGCUGCUGCGGCUGCGUCUAACGCUGCCCGUCAGUCAGUCCCUCCAAAGGAAGCUCCCUCACCUGUGCCCAGUACCCAGACCCGGCCUCCUCCCCCUCCUCCUCCUCCUUUAGUCCCCGGUGGUACCAAGACAGACGGUGGCUUGACUGCAGGGAGGGGGGGCACUGCAGGACGGACGGCUGCGGGGAGUGCUGGGGGGAGCGCAGGGGGCAGCGCAGGGAGCAGUGAUGCUUUUGUCAAUGAAGGGCUGCUGGUGUGGACGGAGCGGCGGCAGCAGUGGCUGGACGGGAACACACUGCGCGGCGCGGGAGGGAGAGCAGAACGCGCAGCAGCAGGAGGAGCAGCAGCUGCAGCGGGGGUGGGCGGAGCGGGAGGAGCAGUAGGAGUGGCAGGAACAGCGGGAGCAGUAGGAGCUGCAGGGUAUGAUGUGCGUGGUGAUGGGAGUGACAGACCCAGGACGGCUGGCCCUGUGAUCAGUUUGUGCCUGGAAACCUCUGUCUCACUGCCCUCCCACCCGCCCUCCCUCCCUCCCGCCCUCCCUCCCUCCCGCCCUCCCUCCCUCGCACCCGCUCUCCCUCCCACCCGCUCUCUCUCCCACCCGCUCUCCCUCCCACCCGCUCUCCCUCCCACCCGCUCUCCCUCCCACCCGCUCUCCCUCCCACCCGCUCUCCCUCCCACCCGCUCUCCCUCCCACCCGCUCUCCCUCCCACCCGCUCUCCCUCCCACCCGCUCUCCCUCCCACCCGCUCUCCCUCCCACCCGCUCUCCCUCGCACCCGCUCUCCCUCCCACCCGCUCUCCCUCCCACCCGCUCUCCCUCCUUCAUCAUGUCGCCCACACCAUCAGGCCAGGGAGUACAUACGAGGAUUUGCUCUCCACCAGUCGCCCUUUCCCCCACCCAAUUCCCCUCCCAGAGAUGGUUCGGUUCCUCGUCAAUUCGAGCAAGAAGUGGGCGAGAAUCAGUUGGCUCUUCGUCUCCGAGUUGUAGGAGAGAGCAUUCAAGGAGCCGUAUCGAGGAUUCAGCUCCCUGCGCUUCCUGCCUUUAAGCUUCCAUUCUUCGACGACGAUCCAGUUGGUGCAAUCACAGCUAUAAAUCAUGUCUACGCUGGGACGAUGGCUCGGACGAUAUCUCAGGUCCUCUGUCAUCCAAUUGACACAGUUAAGACCAGAAUGCAAGUAAAGGACCCCACGAAGAAGUUACGGAAAUGGAGACGGAAGGUAGUAAAGAAGGCUUUUGAAGUCGGGCCAAUCGACAUUGACAAUUGGUUAAUCAAGGGCCCGUCGGAUCUUUUUCGUGGAGUGUGGGGGGCGAUUCUGGGAACAAUUCCCAAUGCGAUGCUUUACUUCAUUGCGUACGAAGCCACCAAGAAAAGGUUGGAAAAGAGAUUUCCGCCGGGACCGGUGCACGUCGCUUCUGCCACAGUUGGGACAGUUGCAGCAUCAAUUGUCCGGGUUCCUGCUGACACGCUGAAGCACCGAGUACAAGCCUACUUGCACCGAGAUGUGUUUGAGGCCCUCAAGGUCGUCCUUCAGACUGAGGGAAUAGCUGGGCUAUACAGAGGCUUUUGGCCUACUCUUAUGCGAGAUGUUCCUGAAAUUGCCAUUCAGUUUGCGGUCUAUGAGAAUCUUCGGGCAUUUGUGAAGGAGAAGAGGAAGGUUGAAAAGCUGACAACCCCAGAGCAUCUGUUGCUUGGAGCAGUUGCAGGAGCAGCUGCUGCAACAUGCACAAUGCCUCUUGACCUUGUGAAGACCCGGCAACAGUGUGGCGUCUCACAGGGCAUUCACAAAAUUGUUAUGGCUGUAAUGGCUGAAAGUGGGCCAUCUGGGCUGUUGGCAGGACUGGGUCCCCGAGUCUUCCAUGUGUCGAUGAUGUCUGCUGUGUUUUUUGGACUGUUCGAGUAUUGCAAACUGAUCGUGAAGCCCGAUAGGUCACCCUCUGACAAGCUGUAUCUUCCGAAGAUCUGGAACAAGAGAAGAGACCACAUUUGGAAACGUCAAUUUGUUUAUACAGAGUAG